GGAAAAAAAAACAACCUCAACCAUCAUCAACGCUGGCGGUGUGGGGUCACGAACUAUGACCUUUAACAGAAGAAAACCAAAACAAAUAUUUUAUAAAAUAUCAAAGAGCCCGAAAUCUGCGAGCAGCGAACCCUGCAGGUAAGUCUCAGUGACGGAUUGAAAACCCUAGAAAGCUGUCUGAGAUACCGGAAUAUAAAAGAGCGCAGCUAAUCUCAGCUAGCUUGUCAGCUAGCCGCUGCGGAGCUCCCUUCCUGCCCGACUCUGACAGCUCGGGAUCCGGGCAGGGAGCGUGGAGCGCAGGGCGGAGUCUGGCUACGCUGACAUGCUUAUCAUUUAACUAAGUAUAGAUAUGUGACAAUGCCCUCGACUUAUCCUGGAUCGAUCCCUGCAUGAUACAAUUACAUAUCCAGAAGAUAGGAGUGCAAACCGGUGCUCGUGUUCAGUUUGCUAGUGACUGCUAACAGGAGAGCUGCUGCAGAUGAAUUCGACCCUUUUACCUUUGCCAUCUCAGGGACAUACGUGUGUUAUUAAGACUAAUACUUUAUUUAACAAAACUGUAUUUUUAAACAUGUACUACAAGCAAAAAACAUCCGUCUGCUGUACUGUCUGGAAAUAAAAGUAUUGUAAUAUAUUUAUCACAAGGAUGCGCCUCCAGUGUUAUUGGCUGACUGCCAGUUUGUCCAUUUUGUUCUGUUGUGAUGCGUUUGAGGACGGAGGAGCUGAUGGGCUCUCUGUUCGACCAAUCAGUGAACAACGUAGAGCAGCUGGCAUCCUCCCUUUGGUCAGUGAACAUAACAUGGAGCAACUGCAGGCUCUUUAUCCAUCAAUGUACUGCAGUCAAUUAGACAGAUAGACAGAUGGAUAGAUAGAUGGAUAGAUACUCUAUUUAUUCCAAUAUUGGGAAAUUAUUUUUGUUCCAGCAGCAGUCUCAAGCGUUACAUAAGUGAACAUUUUAAAAAAUACAAUCAGAAACAAAUAUAAUAAAAAUAAUUAGCGGCAUGUAAUUAUAGUAAGAACAAGUAUUGGAAAGUGUUUAUAAGGAGAUCAUGAAAAAAAUAGAUAUUUUCAUAUAUAAAGUAUGUCAGCAAAAGCAUUAACAAUUAAAGUAAUGAAAAAUAAUCAAACGGAUAAUCUGUAAAAAAUAAAAGAAUGCAUUUUUUCAACAAAUAGAAAAAUCAUAUGAUCAAAUAUCAAAUUAUCAUUUUAGUUUUGUACCCUAAAAAACUAUCCCAUGGCAAGCAAAACAUUUGACAAAAGUUCAAACACAUUGAUUUCAGAUUAUCUAGUUUUGGCAUAAUGUUUUUUUUGCGGUGAAACCUUUUUUCUCUGUCAGCUUAUCUUUCUGAGACUGUGGUCAGAAUGAAGGCGCAUGUAAAAGGACACGGCAGGUUUUCUACCUAACAAUGCAACCAGAGACAGCAACAAACACAGGGGUAUUGAAGGUACUGUAUGUUCAUAUAAAAGGUGGAAUAUUUUUAUGUAGGAACAUCAGUUGUCCCCCUUUGUUACAGCGCCAUAUUGCGCCAUGCGAGUUUCCAGCAGACUGUAGUGUAAUCUGGUUAUCAACGGUCUCUCAAAUCUCACGUCUAGGUCGCACUCAGAGGUCAUUGACUCAUCUUGCACAUCACUGCAGUCGAGCAAAGGCUGGACUUUUCUGACAAAAUAUCUACCUGAGGUGUCUGCACAGGGAAAAUAUGCAAGUAGGGGAGAUGUUUAAGAACAUCUAUUACCUAAUGUUAAUGAUGAUAUGUAGCAGUAUACAGGUGUUAUAAUUAUUUUGUACAUUUUGAUCUCUUUUUUAUCCUAAAUACAUAAUUUUAUGUGUGAACGUAUGAUUUCAUUCAUCACUGAUUAUUCUUCUUUACUCAUAAAAUGUAGAGACGUGUUUUUUGCCCAUUAUGCCAUUCCAAAGAUGAGUUAUUCUUGUCACUGAUAAAAAGCUACGUUACAAGAGCUUGACAGACGUCAUACUUUGGAUUGUGAUUUUUUUGUGGUGGAUUUUUUGCGUCAUCUUUCCAAACAGACUUCCCUGAUGACUACAUCAUCAUGACGACCAACCUGAAUCUGCUCUCUCAGUAGAAAGUGGACUCUGAGCACGAGGCAGAGGUUGCAUCCUCUCCUUCAGACUCAGUGAUGGAUGAGUCUCCACAGCGCUUUCAGGUCAUCUCCGCUGAAGCUGCCACAGCGCCACAGCGAAUUCAGAUAGUAACUGACCAGCAGACAGGUCAGAAGAUCCAGAUAGUGACAGCGAUGAAGCCGUCCGCUGCUCCCAAACAGCAGUUCAUUCUGACAACAGCUGACAGCUCAGGGGCUGGCAAGGUUAUCCUGGCCUCUCCAGACAGCCACAACACCAAGCAGCUCAUCUUCACCGCUGCCGACAGCCUGAUGCCAGGAAGGAUACAGAUCGUCACCGAUCCAGUGUCAAUGGAGCGGUUGUUAGGGCAGUCAGGGGACCUGAACCGACCACAGCCAGUGGAAUACUGUGUGGUGUGUGGAGACAAGGCUUCAGGCCGUCACUACGGAGCAGUCAGUUGUGAGGGAUGUAAAGGCUUCUUCAAGCGGAGCGUGAGGAAGAGCCUGACCUACAGCUGCCGCAGUAAACAGGACUGCGUCAUCAACAAACACCACCGCAACCGCUGCCAGUUCUGUCGGUUGAGGAAAUGCCUUGAUAUGGGGAUGAAGACUGACUCUGUCCAGAGUGAGAGAAAGCCGAUCGACGUGGUGCCCAGAGAGAAGCAUGCAAACUGUGCUGCCUCCACCCAGAAGAUUUACAUUCGCAAGGACUUAAACAGUCCUCUCAUCACCACACCAACCUUUAUCUCCGACACAGAGACGGAUGGCUCGAGAUCCAGCCUGCUGGACCAGGGCAUGCUGGUGAACAUCCAGCAGCCGCUCAUCCAGAGUGAUGGUACUCUGCACCUGGCUAAUGACUCAAAGAUGGAUCCUGCGCUAGGAGACUUGGGGACACUAGCCAAUGUGGUGACAUCAUUGGCCAACCUGAGCGACUCACUAAGAGAGAAUCUGAACAAUGGGGAUACUUCAGACAGCCAACAUGAGGAAGAGUCUGCCAGUGAGAUAACACGUGCCUUCGACACCCUGGCCAAAGUUUUCAACCCCCCUGAGGCAGGCGCUGGACUGGGUCUGGAAGAUAAGCGGCAGUGUGUCAGUGGAACAACCAUCCAGCUGAUUGGUCGAGACCAGGAGACCCCUAUCAUUGAGGUGGAAGGACCCCUGCUCACAGACAGUCAUGUCGGCUUUAGGCUGACUAUGCCCAGCCCCAUUCCUGAGUAUCUGAAUGUACACUACAUCUGUGAGUCAGCAUCCAGACUCCUCUUCCUCUCCAUGCACUGGGCACGCUCCAUCCCUGCCUUCUCAGCUCUUGGUCAGGAAGCAAACACCAGUCUGGUGCGGGCCUGCUGGAACGAGUUGUUCACUCUGGGUCUUGCUCAGUGCGCUCACGAGAUGAACCUGUCUACCAUCCUCGCCGCCAUCAUCAACCACCUUCAGAGCAGCAUCCAGGAUGAAAAGCUUUCGGGGGAGAGGGUGAAGCAGGUGAUGGAGCACAUAUGGAAGUUCCAGGAGUUUUGUAACAGCAUGACGAAGCUGGAGACCGACAGCUACGAAUACGCGUACCUGAAAGCUAUAGUGCUGUUCAGCCCUGAUCACCCAGGUGUGGACAGCAGCGGGCAGAUUGAGAAGUUCCAGGAGAAAGCCUUGAUGGAGCUGCAGGACUACGUGCAGAAAACCUACCCAGAGGAAACCUAUAGGUUGACCCGUAUCCUGACUCGUCUCCCAGCCCUGCGCCUCAUGAACUCGGGCAUCACAGAGGAGCUCUUCUUCACCGGCUUGAUAGGUAACGUCUCCAUUGACAGCAUCAUUCCAUACAUCCUCAAGAUGGAGACGGCUGAGUAUAACAGCCAGGACUCUGACCCUACAGAAUGACAGCCCAUCGCUCCAACACACAGAACUUUUAGGAUCCACUUCAGGUACUCUUCUUUUUCUCUCGUGGGGUUGAACCCCAGUCUAAAAUCCUGCAGCAGCCCCUUGUUUUGUAUCGAUGCAUGGUGCAUAGUCAUUCAGGAAUCCUCGGUAGACUAACAAAACCAGGAUGACACUAGGAAUGUUUUCUGGAGCUGACGCAGUGUGGUACUCCUUUAAUGUCUUCAUAGCACUUCGAUCUAAUGACACAUGAACCUUAACUUCUGACCUAAGCCUUGCAUAUUGUUUUUGUCUUAUCUAAGCCUUACCAUGCUCUCAUGUUGAUCACAUACGUAACUUACCAUUCGCAUGCAGAUAACAGACACGCUCUAUCGAUAAGCUGAAACAGAAGUCCUGCUCUUGUGGAAGUGGAAUCUCAAAAAUGUAAAAGUCUAAAGCAGGGUCGGCCAACCCGCGGCUCUUUGCCCAGUCUCAUGCGGCUCCUCAGUUCAUAUCAAAUUUUAAUUGUGUGUGUUUUUUUUGCGCAUAUGUAUCCAAGUUCACAAAGGGUUAACAACACACAAGUUCCAGGCCGAUCGUUACACAGAGUUUUCGACACAGAAGUGCUUUAGCCAAUCAGAAUGCAGAUCCUGCAGUACCGGAGGCGAGCUUUACUGCACUCGCGAUGUGUCAGUGGAGAGAAAUUUGUUUCUGAACGGCGAAAAUAAAACUUAGAUAAAACCAUAAUAACUCAAUAUAAAGUUGUCAAAUCAAAAUGGUAACACUUAGGUGGACCUCAGCCCACCUAAGUUGUUUUAAAUCCCACCCAAAUGAACAUUUUGAAAUUGAAAAUAAAAAUAUAUGUAUUUUAUUUUUUAUUUCUCAUAUUAGUGUUGAGAGUUGUGCCCCCUCCCCUUACCAAGACCACACAGUUGUAUUAGAUCUAGCAUCUUAAUUUUGCUCUCAAAGUGCACCAGAUGCAUGCAAUUCACCCAGACCCCCCUAGAGGAUGUGAAGUCCACCCAACCGAAACUUCAAAACCGAGCUAUGCCCCUGACACAGAAAGGGUGAGAGCAAAAGAGAGAGGGCAAGAGAGAAGUGGGGGGACAUACAUCCAGCAUGUGUGUAUGAUGUGGCUCUUUGCAGUAACACAGUCAAGUAAUUGGCUCUUGGUCUCUGACUGGUUGGCCACCCCUGGUCUAAAGACUAAAGUAGUUUUGAGCAAAAACCUUAAAAGUGUACUUUGAGAUAUAAGUGUUUUUUUAUGUUGGUAUUUGGUAACAUUGGUGUAGUAAAAGUAAUAUAUAAAUGACUGUAUUGUUGAAUUGAGAAUUCAGCCUUUUACUAAUAUAAAGUAUGACUUUUGUGAAUGUCAUACAAUGAGGAUUUGAAACACGCUUUGUAAUAAUUUGACCUUUUUUAAAUUUUGAAACUGACUACAAUGCCUCAAAGGUGUAAUACAUCAAUGAAAAUCUCUUUAAAUACAUUUAAAUAAACGUCCAUCAGGUAUGAAACUAAGUCAAACCUCAAUGGAUUCAUUUUUAUAGUUCUGUAUUUAUAUGAACUGGCUUCAACAGCAUUUACCUACCACUCAGUGCAUUACAACAUGACCAAUGUCUGAUUUAAAUUCAGUCAGAUUGGUCGAAUUAGCAAGUUUUACUGACCUUUUUUCUUGUUUUUUACUGAAAGACUUAUCAGAGAUGUUAAGCUUAGAGAAGGUUUUUUGUUUAAGAACACUAGUUGAUGUAUUAUCAUCAAUAUGUUGCUUUAACCAAUCACCUCAUCACUUUCCCUUUACGACAAUCAAUAACAUGGUCCUUCUCUCUGUCCCUUCAGUGUCAUGGCACUUCUUCUCAAUCUGCGUUUUUAUGUGUAUUUAUCAUUGGCAGUCAUUUCUUUUAAGGAAUGAUAAUAUCUUAAAGAUUUUUGAGUUCAGAAAUGUUUAUUUUUGUGUAGCGAUGCUACUGUUUUUGUACUUGUGUCUUGCAUUUGUUCUUUGCUUUGUGCACUUCAAUCAGCUUGUGUGACAUUCCACUGUGUUCAUGCUGACUAACACUUUGUGUUUGAUAUGUUUUUUUAAAAGUUUAAUUUGUUGUAAACAAAUGUGCUUAUUGAAUACUAAGUGUACUUAAAGUACUUUUGGGCAGGUUUCCCUGAAAAAAAAACAACAAAAGAAAAAACACAAGAUUUUUGGGAACCCAUUCUUGAGUACGUUUUGGUAUUUUAAAGACCUGCAUUUUCCUUAAGGACAUUCUUUCACUCACCCAAUCUUUAACGGUUCAGAAUCCACAGCAACAUGAAUGAUAACAGGAAUGUAAAGAGGUCAAAAAGGAUUUUGUUUUGAAAGUACAUGUCAAUUGUUAUAUUUGGGGUUUAAAACCCAUACAGACUGUUUGUAAAGGCACUGUUGUGAAAUGACCUUUGUACGUGUAGUUUCAUUAAAAUGAGUGCAUGUUGUUUGUAAGCCAGGUUUUAUAAUCUUGUCGCUGUCUGCCCUCAUAAGGAGCAUUGUUACACAUUUUAUAUUGCAUUGCAGUGCAUGAAGAAGUUGCUUAAGUGCAUUUUAUUAAAUGCUUUAUGAAAAAUAUAUAUUUAAAUGUUGUGGCUUUAAAAUAUUAACCAUAAGCAGCUCUUACAUUACAGGAUAUUACAUCAGAUUUUUUAUUCUUGAGCUUCGUGGCUUGAGCAUCCUAUGUUAAAAUUUUAUACAAUGUUAAUGUUCUUGGUUUUUUAUGCUUAUGUGAAAUGCAUUUCUUCAAACAUUGAGAUUUAGAAACAACAUAAAUGUUUUGCUCAAGUUUGUCACAACCCCACAUUUCUACCUCACACCAAUGAAGAUGUAGAACAUGCAUAAUCAACUGAGCUCCUGAAUCAGCAUUCCAGUCUCUGAGGCUGGCUUCUCUGAAGCCACAUGCUAUAAAAGAAAUAAAUAAUUCAUUAUGAAAUAUGA